AUGGGUGCUACCGACAUUCUGACCAGAAAGACCGGUGUCAUCGUCGGCGAUGACGUCUACAACCUCUUCAAGUACUGCCAGGAGAAGCAGUUCGCCAUUCCCGCUAUUAACGUCACCUCCUCUUCCACUGUCGUCGCUUCCCUCGAGGCUGCCCGCGACAACAAGUCUCCCAUCAUCCUCCAGGUCUCCAACGGAGGUGCCGCUUACUUCGCCGGCAAGGGUGUCAAGAACGACAAGCAGCAGGCUUCCAUUGCUGGUGCCAUCGCCGCCGCUCACUACAUCCGCUCCGUUGCCCCCACCUAUGGCAUCCCCGUUGUCCUUCACUCCGACCACUGCGCCAAGAAGCUCCUGCCUUGGUUGGACGGUAUGAUGGACGAGGAUGAGGCCUACUUCAAGCUCCACGGCGAGCCUCUCUUCUCUUCCCACAUGAUUGACCUUUCUGAGGAGAACCCCGAGGAGAACAUUGAGACUACUGCCAAGUACCUCAAGCGUGCUGCUCCCUGGAAGCAGUUCAUCGAGAUGGAGAUCGGUAUCACUGGUGGUGAGGAGGACGGUGUCAACAACGAGGAUGUUGACAACAACUCCCUCUACACUCAGCCUGAGGACAUCCACAACAUCUACAAGGCUUUGAACAAGGUCUCCCCCUACUUCACCAUUGCCGCUGCUUUCGGUAACGUCCACGGUGUCUACAAGCCUGGCAACGUCCGUCUCCACCCCGAGCUCCUCAGCAAGCACCAGAAGUACGUCAAGGAGCAGGAGAACACCAAGACUGACAAGCCCGUCUUCCUUGUCUUCCACGGUGGCUCUGGCUCCUCCAAGAAGGAGUACACUGACGCCAUCAGCUACGGUGUCGUUAAGGUCAACCUCGACACUGACCUUCAGUUCGCCUACCUUGAGGGUAUCCGUGACUUCGUCCUGAAGAACAAGGACUACAUCCAGACCCAGGUCGGCAACCCCGAUGGUGCUGACAAGCCCAACAAGAAGUUCUUCGACCCCCGCAACUGGGUUCGCGAGGGUGAGAAGACCAUGUCUGUCCGUCUCGCCACUGCUCUGAAGGACUUCAACACUGCUGGCCAGGUUUAA